CUCCACCUUUUCUCAUAAAAACCGUACAAAAUCAGAAGAGCAGAGGGUAAGAACAGAAGGCUGGGAUCGCGAGCAUAAAGAUUAAAGAGAUAGGCAGUGAUUGAGCGAGAUGAUCAUCAUCAAUUUGCAGUGUCGGUUCUGUGAUUCUCUCUGAAUGUCCUCUCUGAUUCGGAGGAGAGAGCCGGUGACACACUCAGAAAUUCGUUGUUGUGCGUUCUUUGUGGUAAAGUCAUUGAUCUAUGGUUUGUUGUUUCUUGGGAUCAACGAGAUAUUCUCUGCAAGUCAUUGAUCUGUUGGUACCGGACAAGUGGAGGAUUUGCUAGUUCUGGAGUCUGUUUGGUUUCCGGGAAAAAAAAAAAACCAGGGAAAACAGUGACCAGUGUCUUUUUCUGAAGUGGUUCAAUCUCAACAGCCGUGUUUGAUUAAUCAGUUUAAAUCAGUUUCUUAAUGUUCAAGAACCGAAAUCGCAAACUGAGUAGAAUGGGCAAAACGGUGAUGACUACAGGAGGGAGAGACUGGACUCAGAUCUACACCAUAUACGGCAUGGACCAGUGGCAGACCUUACUAUUCCUGCUGUUUCACGCGAUCUUGUUCGCAGUCCUCUCCAUUCUCUUCCUCGUCUACUUCGAUUUGGUCUGUGCAUUCUUCGAGUCCUUUUUCCUCUUUACCACCGACGGCGCAGCAAGAUUCGCCGCCGGAUUCACCGGCUGUGUGACGGCGCUCUCCGCCGUCUGCCUCUUCUUCGCCGCUGGUAACUUCUUCUACUCUGCUUUACCACUCCACCACGACAUGGCGCAGCGGAUUGUGAACUCUGUCGGCGACUGGUCCACCGUGAAGCUCGCGCUCGACAUCGGCUGCGGCCGCGGGAUCUUGCUUAAUACGGUGGCCACUCAGUUGAAGAAGACCGGAAGCUCUGGUCGGGUGGUCGGGCUUGACCGGUCGAAAGGGACGACACUUUCCACUCUCCGAACUGCAAAUAUGGAAGGGGUUGGAGAGUAUGUCACGUGCCGGGAGGGUGAUGUGAGGAGUCUGCCAUUUGGGGAUAACUACUUCGACGUGGUGGUAUCAGCUGUGUUCGUCCAUACCGUAGGGAAGGAGUACGGGCAUCGGACGGUGGAGGCUGCGGCGGAGAGGAUGAGGGUGUUGGGUGAGAUGGUGAGGGUAUUGAAGCCGGGUGGGGUUGGAGUGGUGUGGGACCUACUGCACGUGCCAGAGUACGUGCGUCGGUUAGAGGAAUUGAAGAUGGAAGACAUCAGAGUCUCCGAGCGGGUAACGGCGUUCAUGGUAAGCAGCCACAUUGUGUCGUUCAGGAAGCCUAGUCAGCACAUUGUGGGGCCCUGUGAAGUCCGGCUGGACUGGAUAUUCUGACGUGGAAAAUAGAUAAAAAAGCAAUUUAUCAAAAUUAGGAGAAAAAAAUGGAAAGCAAAGGUAGAGUAUACAAAAAAAAAUAAAAAAUGAUGAUGUUUUUAUAUAUUUAUAUACAUCUGAGGAGGCGAAGCCGAGCCAGAUAUUAGGUUAUUUGAAGUAUAUAUAGCUAUAUAAUUAUGUGGUUUAUCAAGUGGAAGUGAAGUGUUAUGUGUGUUUACAUGUUAUUUAAGGUGUAAUGAGCUUGUUGAGGUUAUUGGCUUGGGCAAAGGUGUUUGUCUGUAAGGUUUUCGUGGUUUUAUUUUCGUUCGGUUUCGCGUUGUCAACUUAUUUAUCGAUAGGUUGUGCGCGCGGCUUAUUCUAUCCAAAUUCAGGUCCAACUUGACUGUCCAAA